GUACGCGCCAUAUAAAACACUAUACAAAUUAAAAAAUUAAAUAAAUAAAAGGCAAAAGCUCCGGGCUGUAUAUCUCCGGCAGCUCUAUCGGUAAACGUUACCGGAAAUGAACAAGUCACGAAAAACUGGUUCGAGCAUAUUCCGGGGCCACCCUUGCCGGCGAUCAGUGGAGAGCCGGCCAUCUUCCCGGAGUAGCCAGUCCAUUUUCUCCGUCACCGGCGUUUCCCAUGCCAAAUCUGUUGAUGGAGAUGACUACUCCGACGUCUUUGGAGGCCCACCUAGAUCACUCCUCGUCCACAAAAUCUCUAACUCCGAUUCGUUCUACGAAGAAAUUAUCCGCAUGCCGGAGUUCACACCUCCGGUGGAGAAGUGUGACAUGACCUUGCCCGUGUUCAAGAUUCCGGCGAGAAACGAGGGAUUUUUCAGCGACAUCUUCGGGUCGGACGACGACCGGAAGUCAAGAGAGCGGUCUGGGUCCCUCUCGAAAGCAAAUUCUUCGUCGGCACUGAGUUCUGAGGAGCUAAGCCCUUGCCGGCCGAUUAACGGAGACGACGUGCCACUGUCUGUUCUUGCUUCAAAGCUGAGGCCAAGCAGUCUCCCAUGGAAAUGGAACUCAUCAACUAUGGUACCUGAACAAUACCCAAGUAAAGAAGAGGUGUCAUUUUUUCCAUGCAAUAAUGUCCACUCAUUUGAAAACAAUGAAUACAAGACAAACAUCAAAAGCUCUGCUCAUGGAUUCUCAAAAAGAGCCUCAUCCCCGGAAACAAUUAGUCUUGGAUCCAGUUCAUAUCAAGGUGUCAAAGUAUUCCCAGAUGACUCCGAGUUCAAUUCUCCAUCUGAAUCAAAAUGUUCUAUUCAUGAUCAAGUGCUUUCAGAACAAAUUAUGCAACAGGAGGAGGAUGACGAUGAAAGCGAUGAUGAUUACAGCGACGAUGAUGAUGAUGAUUUUAUGAGCUCUUAUGUUAUCGAGAUUAACUCCGACCUCAGAAAGGGAGAAUGUGAAGCAUCAGACAUUGAUGAAGCAAUUGCAUGGGCCAAAGAGAAGUUUCAGUCCGGUAGCCCUAACGAAGAGUCAAGAAUGAAAAACGAUAGCAAUGAGCAGACUGUUCAAAGACAAGGAAGCUCUGAUGCAAAUGAAUACCAUGAUAAUGGAAUUGGGAAAGUUGAACCUCCUAAGAAGCAACAGACAGAAACAGAGAAGUUGGAUGAAAACAUAAGAAUGUGGUCAUAUGGCAAAGAAACUGACAUCAGGCUACUGCUCUCAACACUACACCAUAUUCUAUGGCAGGAGAGUGGCUGGUAUACGGUUUCUCUUGUGAAUCUAAAAGGAAACUCACAGGUGAAAAGGGCUUAUCAGAAAGCAAGGUUAUGUCUACAUCCAGACAAACUACAACAGAAAGGCGCAACAUUCCUGCACAAGUAUGUAGCAGAGCAAGCUUUCUCCAUUCUUCAGGAUGCAUGGGCUGCAUUCAUUUCUGAAGAUGUUUCAAUUUGACAUCAAUCCUUGAUGGCUCAGUUUUGUCUUGAAAGUUAUGGACAAACACCUGGCUCUACAUUUGGAGAUUUUAAUACAUGAGCUCCUUUGUACAAAUAGUUACUGAUGGAUGGAUCCAUUAUUUUUGUCUAUGCGUAUAUCAUAAUGUUAUUUAAUGCUUUAGUAGGUAGUAUUAUUAUUUUUGAAGUAGUUAAUAUGAAAUAAUUUGAUUGGUUUUAGUAUUUGUUUGUAUAUGAUGAUGACAUGGAAGCAAAAAAUUAGAAAAAUAAGAACUUGGUUUUAA